CACCAGUGCAUCGAAGCAAGCCCCGCUGAAGCCGCUCUUCGGUUGCUAGGACACCGAUGCCCCUUUUCUUCCCACUCGCUGACAGUUGAAGGAGAGUCGGUGCAUUUUGAUCCAUUUCAUCGGCAGCCGUUACCGUACGUUGCAAGGAGCAAAGGAAAGUCAAACGAAACAGUUUGAUCGCUUCGUCCGCAGACUCACGCAGAUCUAAAGCAGUAACCAUCCACCAUGGGUCACCAUCCCGAGCCGCCAGUGAUGAUUUCGGACAAGCUGCCGGAAUCGUUGCGUAAGAAGAUGCUGACGUUCCAGGCGAAGAACGAGCUGCCCGUCUUCCUGAAGGGUGGUCCGGCCGAUAAGGCCCUGUUCGGCAUCACGGUCGCGCUGUGCGGUGUCGGCCUGCUCGGCAUCGUCAAGCUGGUGUACGAUCUCGGAUUCGCCAAGAAGAAGGCAUAAGAAAAAGCAAAAAAAAAAACGAAGCAGGCUGGGGAGGUCGGGCGUGUGUAGUGGUGUGUUUGGACCAGAGAUGGAAAAACCGGGCGUAACAUAAAAUUUGCGUUUUUAUUCCCUUCAAAA